AUGGUCUUCUUUUUCGAUUGGCUUCGUAACAGGUCUGUCACUAAAAUCGUCAAGGUUUUUGUUGAGGACAUAGAACCUCCUUCUCAUCGCGAUGAAGCUAUCGAAAGGUGUUUGAAGUAUUUCAACAUUGAAGUGCUCGACUGGAAACGACUGGAUCUGGACUCAGUUACACUUUGCGAGAUUGGAGUCAACCUGCGCGAAGUUUAUCUCCAAUGGAGCGGCAGUCAUGAUACCCUUCGAGUGUGGUCGGAGCAAGAGGCUCUCCCCUCACUACCUUCAUUGGAGGUGAUCCAUCUAAUUCAGAAAGAGGGCCUUGAGUCGCCUGAAUUAACUUUCAAGAACCUACAAGUCUUUGAAGAGCGCUUGUAUAAGUUUUGGCCAGAUGGCACCGCCCGACCCCGCGUGAUCAGGCCUAAAUCGGGUGGUGGCCGGCCGUUGGCGCGUGUCCGAACAACAGAGGCGGCGUCUCAACACCAGGAGCGGCCAGUUGAUCCCCAUCGAUGGAUCGAAUGCAUGCAAAACUUUUCACAAUGUUUCAGACAGAUCAAAGCCCUCAGGGAAGCCACAGGAGUAUCUCCCUCCCCCGUGGGGGUAGCUCUCAUUGAUGAUGGAGCCGAUAUCACUCACCAAGAUCUCAACGAUAUCAAAGAUCGUAGAAUAUUUGGCAAGAGUUUUGACUCUGAAGGCGGAAGCUCCAAUAACCGUGUUCCACCAUAUUGGAGCUCGUCUUCCGGUCAUGCUAUCAUCCAUGACAUCAAGCUACAGACAGUCUGGGCGGCAAAUUCCAAGAAAGUCCAAAUCAAACCAGAGAGUGCAAUCAAGGCUAUCAAUUAUGCUGCAGAGAGAGGAUCCCAGAUCAUUUGCAUGUCGUGGACGAUUAAGCCUCCAGAGGGAGAAUUGAGAAACCGGUUCAAUGCUGCAAGCAACCGUCAAUGUUUUCGAAUUGGUGGCGCCAAAGCCACUGGAACCAUGCUCGACACUGUCGGUGACCCUCAUGCGGUGGAUUUCAUCUUUCUGGGACACGAAGUUGUCAUUAGCAGUAGAGAGGAUGAAAGCUCGGCGCAGAAAUUUGAGUCUUACACAGGCAGCUCUGUCGCCAAUGCUCUUGCGACAGGUCUGGCAACACUUGCCAUUGAGUGCGUGAGGUUGAGCGUCAUAUAUAACCGAGAGUUGGCAAAGCAGGGUCAGCAGACUAUCGUCGCGUUUGGGCACAGUCCUAUUGUUGAAGACGAUAUCACCAAGGUCCGAGAACGCGCACGAAUGGAGGACGCAUUCCACAGCAUUAGCGUUAACCAAAACACAAACCACAAGUACAUUGAGGUUUGGAAUACGUUUGAUGCAGUUGCUACGAAUCUGAAAAGGAGUGAUACUGAGUAUGAGAAGCUUCGGCAUAUCGCAACUCUUGUUGAGUAUUUCCUGAAGAAGGGAGUCAAGUAA